AUGCGCAUAGUAAUCCUCAGUCUUGGGCUGCAUGACGAGGAGGGCCCAGCUCUCGGCGCGCGGACGGAGGUGUUUGGACAGGGUCAGCCAGGAUGCGCUUCUCCGCCGUCUCCGUCUCCGUCCUGGCCGCUCGUCAGCCGCGAGGGCUACGAGUGCAAGGGGUCCAUCAACUGCAACACGUGGGUCAACUUCAUCAAGACGUGCGACCACGCCGUCAACACGGCGCUCGUGCGCACCGAUGCCGUCAACUACGGCGGCAAGAACUCGGGCCUGCGCAAGGGCUCCCGCAGCGGCAAGUGCGAGGUCUUCAUCGAGGGGCCCGCGAGCUGCAAGACCACGGGCAACAAGAUGUGGAGUGACUACCAGGACAUCCGUAACCACGGCUGCGGCCGCUGCGGCUUCAAGACCUGGGGCGAGGGCGACGAGUGCAAGACCAAGAUCGACUUUGUCUUGAGCGGCUAA